CUGGGAGAUUCUGGAUUCCAAUGCGGUUGCAGCUACUCUGUAUUGUUUUCCUGCUAUUAGCAGCAAGAUCGUUUGCAUCUUCCUCUGGAAAUCGUAAAAGUGUAAAGUCAUCUGUAUUCUCCUUGUUCAACCUUAAAGAUAAGAGUAGGUUUUGGAGUGAGACAGUCAUACGUGGUGAUUUUGAUGAUCUGGAAUCAUCCAGCCCUGAGAAAACGAGUGUGGUUAACUACACAAAGGCAGGUAAUAUAGCAAAUUACUUGAAGCUUCUUGAAGUUGAAUCCUUGUACCUUCCAGUCCCUGUGAAUUUCAUUUUUAUAGGAUUUGAAGGGAAAGGUAACCAUGAAUUCAAGCUGCAUCCGGAAGAGCUUGAACGUUGGUUCACGAAACUUGAUCAUAUCUUUGAACACACACGGAUUCCACAAGUCAGGGAAGUGCUAACCCCUUUUUAUAAGAUCAGCGUGGAUAAAGUUUUGAAGCACCAACUUCCCUUCGUCAGUCACAUAAAUUACAAUUUCUCUGUUCAUGCAAUUCAAACGGGUGAGAAGGUUACUUCAAUCUUUGAGCAUGCAAGAAAUGUCUUAUCUCGCAAAGAAGAUGUAUCCAAUAAUGGGGAUGGAAAUGAUACUCUCUGGCAAGUAGACGUGGACCUGAUGGAUGUACUUUUCACUAGCUUUGUGGAGUACCUUCAACUUGAAAAUGCUUAUAACAUUUUUAUUCUAAAUCUCAAGCGUGACCCAAAAAGGGCCAGAUAUGGAUACCGGAAAGGUUUAUCUGAAUCGGAGAUAAACUUUCUUAAAGAGGACACACACUUGCAAUCAAGAAUUCUUCAAUCUGAAAGCACACCAGAAACUAUUCUUGCUCUUGAUAAGGUUAAAAGACCCUUAUAUGAAAAGCAUCCGAUGAGUAAGUUUGCAUGGACCACAGCUGAAGACACUGAUACUAUGGAAUGGUACAACAUCUGCCAAGAUGCCCUAAGAAAAGUCGAUGAAUUGUAUCAAGGAAAAGAAACUGCUGAUAUCAUUCAAAUCAAAGUUAAGCAGAUGUUGAAGGGGAAGGAUAGAGAGAUGAGGCUUCCUCUUGAUAAGGGAUUGAAAUCUUUUGAUUUCAGUGGUUUGCAUGCUGAAUGUCUUACAGACACAUGGAUUGGCAAUGACAGGUGGGCAUUUAUUGAUUUAAACGCAGGCCCCUUUUCAUGGGGGCCCGCUGUUGGUGGUGAAGGUGUACGAACUGAGAUAAGCCUACCAAAUGUUGAAAAGACGGUUGGUGCUGUUCAAGAAAUCUCAGAAGAUGAAGCUGAAGAUCGCCUGCAAGAUGCUAUUCAGGAGAAAUUUGCUGUUUUUGGUGAUAAAGACCAUCAAGCCAUUGAUAUUCUUUUAGCAGAGAUUGACAUAUAUGAGCUCUUUGCUUUCAAACAUUGCAAGGGAAGGAAAGUGAAACUUGCUCUUUGUGAAGAACUUGAUGAGAGGAUGCGGGACUUAAAAAAUGAGCUUCAAUCGUUUGAUGGUGAAGAAUAUGAUGAAAAUCAUAAGAGGAAGGCCAUAGAUGCAUUGAAACGGAUGGAGAAUUGGAAUUUAUUUAGCGAUACGUAUGAGGAGUUCCAAAACUACACUGUAGCACGCGAUACUUUUCUGGCUCACCUAGGUGCUACUCUCUGGGGGUCAAUGAGACAUAUUAUAUCACCUUCACUUUCUGACGGGUCGUUCCAUUAUUUUGAGAAAAUAUCAUUUCAAUUAUUUUUCAUCACACAAGAGAAAGUUAGACAUAUUAAACAAUUGCCCGUGGAUCUUAAAGCUCUAAUGGAUGGGCUUUCGUCUUUGUUGUUACCUUCACAGAAAGCUCUAUUUAGUCAGACCAUGUUGCCAUUGUCGGAGGAUCCUGCUUUGGCAAUGGCCUUCUCAGUGGCACGACGUGCAGCAGCUGUUCCAUUGUUGCUUGUUAAUGGAACUUAUCGGAAAACAAUUCGUACCUAUCUUGAUUCAUCCAUACUCCAGUAUCAAUUGCAAAGAUUGGAUCAUUCCCCUAAAGGGACAAAUGGUCCUCGUAGUUCUACACUGGAAGUUCCAAUAUUUUGGUUCAUUCAUUCAGAACCUUUAUUAGUUGACAAACAUUAUCAGGCAAAGGCACUCUCCGACAUGGUUAUUGUAGCACAGUCAGAGGUUUCAUCCUGGGAAAGCCAUUUGCAGUGCAAUGGAAAAUCACUUAUAUGGGAUAUGAGGAAGCCAAUCAAAGCUGCUCUAUCUGCUACUUCAGAACAUCUUUCCGGUCUGCUCCCUCUCCAUCUUGCAUACAGUCCAUCUCAUGAUACAGCAGUUGAGGAUUGGAUAUGGUCAGUAGGCUGCAACCCGUUUUCCAUUACUUCCCGUGGAUGGCAUGUUUCACAGUUUCAGUCUGAUACUAUUGCUCGGAGUUAUAUCAUCACAGCCCUUGAAGAAUCAAUACAGCGAAUCAAUUCUGCUAUUCAUCUUUUACUGGUGGAGCAUACAACUGAAAAGUCCUUCAAGCUCUUCCUGUCACAGGAGCGUGACCUUGUAAAAAAGCAUCAAUAUGUUGUUAGCCUUUGGAGAAGAAUAUCAACCUUAUCUGGAGAGCUGCGUUAUGUUGAUGCAGUAAGACUGUUGCACGUCCUAAAUGAGGCAUCCAAAGGAUUUUCUGAUCGAGUAAACACAACAUUAGCUCUUCUUCACCCCAUUCACUGCUCACGAGAGAGAAAGGUAGACGUUGUGUUUGAUGGAACAACCAUUCCUGCCUUCAUGGUCGUUCUGGUUCUUCUUUACGUUCUUCUAAGACCAAGGCGUCCCAAGCCGAAGAUUAACUGAGAAUAUACUGUGGUAGUUAACAUGUAUCAUUCAUGGAGGAGGCUUUUAUGGAAUAUUGCAGAAAAGUAGAGGUUCACCAGCUUUUUUCCGGUUAAAAUCCAUUUGGGAAAUUGAAAAUGUGUUGUUACCAAGAGGGUAAAUCAGGACGAGAUGAGGAUGAGAAAUAGGUAUAGAUUCUGGGGUUAGCAAACUUAAGGAGGGGCAUCAUAUAGCAUAGACAGAGGAGAUACAAUGCUUGCCAAAGCCAUUUAUGUUGGAAAUCAUGUACUGAGUUCUUAAUGCCUAUCUGAACUUUUACUGUUCUCAGAAAAUCCAAAUUUGUGAUAAAGUUUAUAUCUUCAGUCUGUUAUAGCAGAGCUUAACCUUGUGGAUGGCAUUUGUAAUAACCUUCAUCCUCCUGUAUGUGAUCUGAUUACAAAUUUUGCUGUGAAUUUCAAGGAGUGAUUCCAGGUUUUCAUAAUAAAGCUUUUCUUAUUACUAAA